AUGGCCUUUAACCUCGAUAAAGGUACAAGACGCCGGUCGUCUUCGUCUUCCGAUUCUUCUUCAUGUUGGUCAGCACCCAAUACCCCAACACCAAUUCGGUAUGCACCCUUGAUACGUAAAGGUCAAUUACAACCUGGACCUCACCAUCCUUCCACUCGCACUCAAAAAGUUAACGCUAAAGUGAAAGCGGAAUUCUCAUUUACGGUUCCAAUAGUUAAAAGAAGAUCGGGUUCAUCAUCUUUCAGAACUUAUAGAGCUCCAAACGAUCUCGAAAGUGAAGAUACAGAUACGGAUACAGAUGGUGAAAUUACUGAAACCGAAUUAGGUACUGCAUUAAGCGAUGUAGAAUCUCAUUUGAAUAAUCCGUCUUCCGAAAGUGGGAGCGGUAGUGGCAAUGGAACUGGUGGAGGGGGAUUAGACGUCGAAGGCGAUGAAGUUGAUAUGGUUUUACUUGAAGAUAAUAAGAUUAGUCCAUCUCCCGCUUGGUUCGAUAGGAAAGGGAAGAAAAGAGCUAGAGAAUAUGACGAUGAAGAUAUGAUGGAAGAACACGACGGUGAUGAUGAGAUGGAAACUGAAGUUUUAUUGAAUGUGAGACAAAAGGGAAAAAGGCCGUCGAAGUAUUCUAGAAAAACAUCUUCCUAUCCACAAGAGAAGGCCUCGGCCCUACGAUCCAACUUUUCUGUUGUUGGAAAUAUCUGCGAUAGGAUGGGGGGUUUGCACGCUUCAAGUACUAUUAUAGCUAUGAACGUUGACGUCCCUCUCGCACCUUCUUCAUCAUCGUAUCCAACAGAGAAACAUCCUUAUCUGGUAGCUUAUGACACAGCAAGCAAAGAAGCAGGCGCAGGCGCCUUCACUUCAACUUGGGUACCUUCUGGACAUUCCAAAAGCCGAAAGAACGUAUCUAGAAAACGCGGUCAACCUAAGAAAUGUUUCCAACAACUAACAGCUAGUGAAGAUCCCUUUGUCAAUCUUCCAGCUUUCCAAAAUUGGCAAGGUGUCAAUGUCAAAUCACCCGCCAGUUCAGAAGUUUCAGCUAUGGAUAUCAGUGAUACGGAAGAUCAAAUUUUGGUUGAUGAAGAAAUGAUAACUAUCGAAGAUAUUACUGCUGGCGGUAACUCAGAUAUCGAUAUGAAAUCCAUUUCUUCAAACUCUACGCAUCCGCCCCUUCAUUCAUCUCAUGACCGGAUCAGGAUUAGAGAAAAAUACGAUCAUACUAUUCCUCUUGCUAAAAUCCAACUUGAUUCGAUUGAUCGACAAUCGUCAACUCCCUCUGGAAGGAGUAUACAUCAUCGACAUCGACUUCGAGCUUUCCCCGAAAGAGCGCCUGGUCAAAAGUCAACCUCACAUCUUCAUAGAACAUCUCCUUCUUCAUUAUUACCUUAUCGAAUAUAUAUGACCCGUUCACACAAACCUCCAGCUAUCACUCCCAAUCACAAAAACCGUUCGACACCUGGUAGAGUCAAGUUCGGCACGUGUAUAACAGGUCAAUCAUUCUUAUCUAUCCUUCGAGCCAAGUUAUCUGUGCGAAGAUCUCGUCGACAGAAGAUGUCCAACCAUAAUGCUAAGACGCAAGAUGGUGACUGGAACAAGAUGGUCGGGAAAUGGUGGGGACAUGAGCAGGUCUCGCGAUCGACUAAUAAAUGGUGGCUUCUGAUUCGCGGUCCAGAUGAAGUGGAAGUUGAAGCACUACUGCUCCCUGUAAGGGCGACCGAAGAUGAAAUAAUGCUCUCUCCACCUUCAAGUCCCGAAGUACUCAAUCAAUCCAGAAAAAGAGUGGUCGAAGAAGCUACGGAUGAUCUCAGGAUAGGUGAAGAAGUGGAGGAACGAUGGUCUAGAAGGAAUCAACUCCGUCAACAGGAGUUGCAAUCCUACUGUUCUAGUGAGAAACUAAAAAGGCAAGCUAGAAGAGCAGAACAGAGACGUGUCCAAGCUGCAGAAAUCCAAAGACGAUUAGCAGAAGUCAACGAAAGACUCCGUGUUGAGGAAGUUGCAAGGCGAGAAGCUGUACGAUUGGCUCAAGAAGAACAAGCUAGAUUACAUCUGUACCAGCAACAACAAGCUAGACUAGCUCAAGAAGCUGAAGCUGAGAGGAUUCGUCAGGAAGAAGAAGAAGCUAAUCGAUUAGCGGUUGAAACUCCACCAAGUCCAGCACAAAGUGAAACAAGCUUGGUCAUCUCGGAUCCCCCAGAGUAUGAAUUCCCUUUCUAUCCUGUAGUCUUAUCCAGACCGACCAAUCUUCCCUCAUCUGCUCCCAGACGACGAGUUGUUCCUACUCAGCCUGACCAUCUACCGGCUUAUCUCCCAGAUAGAUGGAACAACAGAUCCCCCCCUCCACCUCCACCAUACAAUGCUAGAACAGAUUGUCAUACUUUAAUCGCACCUGUCUUCAUCGAAGACUCUGAGGAUGAACAUCAAGAUGAGGACGAUGAAGACGAAGAUGAGGAUGAUGAACCUGGAUUAGCAUCUCCCUUGGUAUCGGUACGAAGAGAAGGUAGAGGUAGAUUUACUUCUCCUGAACCUAGAGUAAUUGGUUCAUUCCCUUCAAGACGACUAUUCGCUCCAACUCCUAUCAGAGCCAACAUCGACCCGAUCAGAGCUUUUGAAGCUGCUUUAGACUUAGAAGAAGGCGCAGAAGAGGACGAAGCUGCAAUAAUUGAUGAUGACAUGGACGAGGACGAUACUGAGGAAGAUGUGAUUCCAGGUGGAAGAGUAGCUGGUAUGUUUCAGAGUAUUUUCGGGAUGGUCUGGAGUAAUUCAUCAGUGAGAAGGUGA